CGAAGCUUUUAAUGAACAGGUGAAGCGGCGGCGGCCGCGGGAGCUGACAGGUUGCUGUCGGAGGCGUAAACGAGUCUUCACCCGCUUCUCGAAACGCGUUGGAGCUUCAGUCUCAGCUGAAACAGCCGGCUGACGUUAGCUAACAGCGCUGUCAUUAGCGGGGGAAACUGACCAAACUCCAGUAAACAUCUGGAGAUUCAAAUACGAGGGAUGCACGUGUCAGUGCGUCGAGUCCACAUCCCGUCGGAGCCUGACUCCUCCUACUUCCUGCGGGUGGACUGGAGUGGGCGGGGCUUAGGGGCAGGAUUCCAGCUGCUGCUGACUGAUGGACAGGAUGCUUGGAGAGGAGACGUGAGCGAGGCGGCCGUGCGUGGCGAGGCCGAGGACCUGGAGAUGCAGACCGAGCGCUACGUUCAGGACCUGCAGCAGGCGCUGACCGACACGGAAAGCUCCACCGCUUACAGCUUCAGCCUGACGCCGUCUCCACCCGCCCGCAGCUCCUCCGUCACGCUGGAGUACGAGAAGGUUCAGAAGGACAUCUCGUUCCGGUUGGGUUCUGUCUCGCUGAAGGCCGUCGCAGAGCCGGCGGAGGCGGUCAGGGAGUUACUGAUCCACAGUCUGCAGAGGGGAAACGCACUGGAGCUCCACAACCGGAACCUGGAGGAGGAGAACCAGAGACUGAGAGGAGAGCAGCAGCGCAUCACUGCAGAUUUGAAGCGUUACGCUGGGGGUAAAGAAGCCCUGGAGGCUGAGCUGUACUCUCGCUUUGUGCUGCUCCUGAAUGAGAAGAAGAAGAAGAUUCGCAGCUUACAGGAAGCUGUCGCACACCUACAGGAGACGAGGAGUUCUGAUGGACAGAAAAAGGAGGAUCCAGUAAAAUCUGACCCAUCAGCAGGUCAGGAUGAGGACGAAUAUGGAGGAAGUACUGAUGAAGAGCCAGAGGAAGUGCAUUCGACUCCAGCCUCUACAUCGGGGUCUCGGGAGUCCUCGACUGCGAGCCCAUUGGCCGACGUCCUGAAGGACAUCACAGACGUGGCCCCCUGUCGCAAGCGGCGAUUUCGUCAGCUGGGGGCCCCCGGCGCUGCGGCGAAGAGAGCGACCCCGCAGAGCCCCCGGAGGACGAGGACCGACCCCCCUGCGGGAUCCAGUAAGCAGCAGACUCCCCAGCGCUGCACAGAUGCUGCAGCAGCGAGUUCAGCGGUGGAGGACGACGACGACCUGUUUGAGGACUUUUGACCUUUUGCCUCUGAACUGAGAGAUGAAAACAAAACUGAUUUUUAUUGAUUAAGAGUCGUAUUUUUCUACUGAGUUUAUGUUUUAAGGGUUAUGGGUUUAUAUUUAAGGAAAUAAUCCUGUAACAGCAUGAAGUGUCUCAGUGAGGUGUAGCUGCAGAACGGCUUCAGUUCUCCUUGUUAUCAGGUUCUCCAGGUCUGUGGAUCUGUGAUGAGGGAUCUGAAUCAUCACCGGUGUUCAGACGUGAAGGAUCCCUAAAAUAUCGUAAACCAGGCUUCUGAAGUAACACUAGAACUACUGAAAACAACUCUAAAACCUUCUCAAUGAUCACUACAUGAAGACUGCACUGAAGAGCCCGAGAAGCUCCUAACUGAGCACUAGAACCUCCUGAGAUCUGGUCCCAGUGAACCUGAAUCUGCUUCCACUUUGUCCCUCCAGGUCGUUCCUCGAUUGGUCUCUUGUCCCUGGUUUUUAGGUAAAAUCUUCUUGCUUUUGUAACGAGCUUUGUGUCCUGGUAACGAGUUGUGGUUUGUGUCAUUUUAAUAUUUGUACCAAUAAAGCGUGUGGACGUGU